AUGCCCGCAGCUGAGGGUCCGUCAACAAGAUCGACGAGGGUCAAGCCGUCUGCGAGAGCCGUGAGUCAAAUAAUGGCGGCAUUGAAAAAGUCGGAGAAUGCCGAUGGGCCAACGAUGACUCAAAUCGUCAAGUUCGUCUCUUCUGCGCUGGCCAAACCAGCGACGAAACGACAGAUAUGCACGGCUCUCAAACGCGGCGUGGAGUUUGGUAUACUGAAGCGCAAACGAGGACACUAUCUUAUCACUUCGCCAGAGGAAAGCUUCAACCAUUUACCGUUGAGCGGCAAAGUCGGAGCGCGCAGUCGAUAUCCCGCAAAGGUGGACAAAGCCAAAAGACGCGCGCCGCUGAGGGCGAAGCGUUCUUCGGUGACGUCGAGAUGAAGCCGUGGACGACGUUACAACAUCGAUUCCCUUCUCGAUACGUGCUAUUUGGCAGCAGUGCCGUGCAAGAUUUUAUCAUGUUUGAAUUUCAAGUAAUGGCCGUGCUUUUAGAUCAG